AUGGAAAACUUCAAUAAUUCUCAAAUGCUAAAGCUCUCUUUUAUAGCUACACUCCUCAUUGCACCUCUUUUAUCCCCAUCACUAAGGCCUGCAUAUAUCUACUUUGUUGUCAAUCUUCUCAUUAUCGUCCUUGGAGCCGAAGCUGGCCUUCUAUCUUUCUUCUCCAAAGCGACAGAUGACAAGAAACACGCUGUCGUGAUUGCACAAAAACCUGUGGUUGCAUCAGAGGUUUCUCCUGUUAAAGGGGAUGUUGUUAAUACUACCAUUGGGACGGCCACUCUGGAAUAUAAUCAGAAUAAGGCCAAGGUGGUGGAAAAAUGUUCAUCUGAGAAGAUUGUUGGAGUGGUUACUGUGCAUAAGGUUAAGAAAUGUCCCUCUACACCAAGCAUCUUCUUCAUAGGAGGUGCGGAGACAGAAGCAGAAGAGGUGAUAGAUGAUGAUGAUGAUGAAGAGGAGGUUGCGGGCAUUAGUGGGCAGGAGCUAUUCAAUAAAGCUGAGACAUUUAUUGGCAACUUCUAUAAACAGUUGAAGAUGCAGAGAGAGGAGUCAUGGAAGAAAAUUCAUGGGCUUUAUCACAAAGCCUUUUGAGCAGUACCCUUUCUUUCUUUCUAGUAUGUAGCAUAUGUUAAGUGUAGGGUCAUUGGUUUGUGGGAUAUUGUUAAGCAGAGGGGAAUCCAUAGCAUUCUAUUUAUGGUUCUUCUAGGCUUUGGG